GUGUUGCCAUUGCCGUUGGCCGGUUAGCGGGUCUCCAAGACACUCGGACACUCGCUUUUUGCCUGGUCUUUUGCUUCUGCCCGUUUGCGGAUUUUCAUAGUUCAGUGCGCUUUCCAGUCGACAACGACAACGCGAACGCGAACGGUCGACGACGACGACGACGACGACAACGGCGACAGCUGACGACAGCAGCAACAUCAGCAUCACCCACCAGCGACAGAGCAGCGGCGGCGUCUAAAUAUAAUCAUUUUUAUUUGUGAUUUAUUUAAUCAACAUCUCACCCAGAGGCCAACCAGAGGAGCGCUACGAAAAAGUAGAUGGAUAGAUAGAUAGAUAGGAAAAAUCAAAGAAAAUAGCGGCAAAUUGCUCUUGAAAGUGAAAGAAAUUGCACUGAAAGUGCAACAAAGUGUUUGCCUAUCGUGGCUUAUCAAUCAGCUUAUUGAUAUUACAACGCCAAAGUGCCGGUGGUGAAUGGAAAUUGAAAUUGAUAAGAAAUGUGCGGAAAUCGCACUUGAAUGUGUCAAGAAAAUAGGAAAUUGACUCUUUAAAUAAAGUUUAGUUUGUCACACAAUUGCGGCAGUUAAAACUGAAAAGCUCGUAAAUGUUAAAUACAAGGAAAUAUAAAUUUUAUGGCUAAUCAGAUAAAUUGGCAAUCCAACAAAGCGAAUUAAUUUGAAGUAAAUAAAAUUUCAAUCAACAUGACCAAAAAAUGUUGUAAUCGGUAAUCGCUUAAAUCGUUUAUCAUGUACUGGAAAUCGACCAAAAGCAUUAAAAUAAAUGCAAAAUAAACUUUAAAGUGAAAUAUUUAAAUCAGUGUCGGCGUAUAUUAACAAUCUACUUGCUGCUGUCACCGCUUAUCGUGUUGGAUAUGGAAAAGAUGCUGUGUGUUGAUCAGUGUUCGAAACUUCCUUGAAAAUAUAGCCAAUAAAAAGCAAAUCGAAAGUGAAAUAAUCAAUUUAAAACAUGCUACUUGCACAAUAAAAUAAAGAUGUUGCAAUCGGCAAUCGCUUAAAUCAACAAUCUUAUACAAACUACUGAUGUUGCUGGUAUCGCUUAUCGGUAUUUGGUGAAAUCAGCCAUACAUACUGUGUGUGUGUGUGUGUGUGUGUGUUUUGCUAUCGGCGCAUUCGUUUUGGCCAAACAUUUUAACCACAACAAAUUGUUAUGCGUAUGCGUGUUGAAGUUGAAGUUGAAGUUGAAGUUGUUGCUGCCAUUAUGCAAUAUGCCGCAGUUUGAUGAAUCUUUUUUGAGCGACUGUGCGCUGGCCGAUCGCUGGCGUUUCUAUUCGUACACGGUCAAGCAAUUGCCACCGAAUCCCAGUACCGGCGGCGGCAAUGAUAAUAAUAAUGAUGUUGAUGGCGUUCGUCAUCAUCAUUGGAAGACGCAGCGGCAAUCUUGGUCGCCGCGCGAUGGCAACAACAACAGCAACAACUGCAGCAACAACUGCAGCAACAGCUGCAGCAACACCUGCAACAUGGGCAGCAGCGGCAACACGUUGCAUAGCAUCAAAUUCCACAGACGUCGCAAAUACAAAAAGCUGACUCGAUUGGCGCUAUCAACGCCAGCGAUUCCACAGCAGAUGGAUGUGGAUGUGGAUAUCGGUAUGGAGAUGGCGAUGGCGCUGCCCGCCACACCUGUGCCGCUCAAGAAUGCGGUGUGCCACGGCAGCAUCAGUUCUCCAUCCACGCCCGGCAUCGGAGUGGGCGGUGGCGGCUGCAGCAGCAGCAGCAACAACAGCAUCAACAGCGGCGGAUACUCGACCGCCUGCACCCCGCCACCACCCGCGCACCACCACCACCACCACCACCCUCACUUGUUGCAGCAGCAGCAGCAGCAACAGCAGCAACAGCAACAGCAGCAACAGCAGCAGCAGCAACAGCAGGCAACGCCUGGUGGAUCUAGUCGGGUCGCAGGAGGAGCGGGAGGCGGAAGUGGAAGUGGAAGUGGAGUGCCACCGGCACCACCCAGUGCCGGAUCGUCGGGUCACAAGAACAGCCUAAAGGGCACUAAGCUAGCGCGCCGGGCGCGCUCCUUCAAGGACGACCUGAUCGAGAAGAUCUCCCUGAUGCGGACCACCAACAACACGCUGGGGCGCUCCCACUCGCCGCAUAGUCCGCGCAGCAAGCACGGCAGCAAGGCGCCGCCCACCACCGAGGAGGUGCAGCGGUCCACCCAAACGCUGGAGACGCACGUCAAGGACAUCUCGAACGCGCUCAAGCACUUCCGCGAUGUCAUACUCAAGAAGAAGCUGGAGGUGCUGCCCGGCAAUGGCACGGUCAUCCUGGAAACCAUAGCCAGCAUGUAUUCCGUGAUCCAAACCUAUACGAUGAACGAAAACAGUGCCAUCAUGAGCUCCGCCACGCAGCAGGUCUACCAGAGCCUGGGCAAGCUCAUCAAGCUCUGCGACGAGGUGAUGCUCUCCGAGGAGAGCGGCGAGUGCGCCUCGUUGAGCAACGAGAAUGUCCGCGAAGUCAUCGAUCUUCUGGAGGAUGCAGUGCGGAAUCUCGUCACGCUGGCGCAGGGCAAGCUGAAGGAGCAGGAUCAGAGCGCCUUCCGCUACAGUGGAUCUGGUUUGGGCGGCAUUGGUGCGGCGGCGGACAUAAUGAGCGUGGUCUCCGCCUCGCCAGGCGCCUUGGCCGGUGUCCCUGGCGCCGGCAUUAUGCGUGUUUCGGCCGCCGAAUCGGCGGCCAUUGCGCAGCGCACCUCGUUGCCGGACAUUGCGCUGACGCCCAAGGAGCGCGACAUCCUGGAGCAGCAUAACGUGAAUCCCAUGCGCGGCUCCCACAGCACCGAAAGCAUCCUGCGCGACACGAGUCCACCGCCGAAGCCACCGCUGCCCAACCGGGCCAGCAAUCCGCCACCGUUGCCGCCAAAGCGACGCAGCCAACCGGGAGCAGCUUCCGGAGCGGGAACGGGAGCGGGAACGGGAGCGGUAGUGUCCUCGUCAUCGACAUCCACCUCCAAUUUGGAUUUGGACUGCAGCUCCAACAUUUCGCUGCUGAACUGUGGCGUGGAUCGCCUGUCAGUGCGCUCGCGAUCCCCGGAUGAGAACAGUCAGUGCUCCUUCGACUCGGCCUUGAAUCACUCGCGGGAGGAGGAGGACCAACAGCAGCAGCAGCAGCAACAGCAACAGCAGCAGCAACAGCAGCAGCUGAGACAGAUGAUGCCAAAGAUGCCGGCGAUGAUGGACGAGGACAUGGACAAGCUGCUCAGCUACAAAACCAUGGAGGACAAAAUGCAGACACCACUUUCGGUUGGUGGUGGUGUUGCUAGUGCUGGAAGUGCUGGUGCUGGUACUGGUACUGGUGCUUCUGCUGGUGGAACUGGAGGAGCAGCCGAUGGCGGAGCUGCUGCAUCAGUGGCUGGUGGCGGGGAAACUAACAGCAAUCGCCACUCAAACGAAUCGGGUUUCGUUUCGAUGCGUGAGUUUCGCACCUCCACGCAGACGGAGUCCUCUACGAAGUCCUCGAGCAGCAAUUCGGAGAUUGCAAUCAGCAUCAGUGAGUCGACGACGGCGGCGGCGGCGUCGAUGGGGAUCAGCAGCAGCAGCGAGUACCAGCAGAUCAGCCAGUCGGUGUCGCACAGCCAGCGGCAGGUGUCGAGCAGCAGCAGCAGCAGCUGCACGACCACCACCACGAGCAGUAGCACCACCACCACCGGCUAUGCCAGUGGCAUCAACAGCGAACUGGAGCCAGAGCUGGCGCCCGCCCUGCCGCCCAAGAGCAUCCACCGGGGCAGCCUCACGCGUCACGAGUCCACCGGCGCCGGCGCCGGCGAUGAGCUGGACGAGGCGCAUUCCGGCUGGGCCAGCCACCGGAGCAGCCAGUCGGAGGUGGCCGAGCUGCGCCAGCUGUCGCCGCACCAUCACCUCAACCCCCAUCUGCAUCAGCAUCCGCAUCACUAUCACCAUCCGCACUCGUGCUCCGCGGGACAGCUGCAGCAGUGGCAGGCGAAGCACCACAGCCUGAUCGAGGGACCCCAUCUGCAGCGCCAUUUCGACCAGGAGCCACCGCCGUUGCCCAUGAAGAAAAAGCACAUUCUGGCUUACAUGGAGAUCUGCUCGGCGUCCACGCGAGUUGAGCGCUGCCAGACGAUCCAUGGCGUCAACACCAUACGCAACAUCACGCACAGUCAGACCAUGGACACCAUGUCGACGAGCAAGAAGCAGUCGCCGGAGCAUGAGAUUCCGCCCGCCCUUCCGCCAAAGAACUCCAGGCAACGCAAGGCGACCAGCCUGGGACCGUCGCCCUCGCUGCAGCCCAUCAUUGUGACCACGCCGCCGCCGAGUCCGAAGCCGACGCUGGCCGAGAAUGGGUCGACGGGCAGGCCGGACAGCCGCAUGGCCACCGUUUGCGAGGAGCUCAACGAUGGCCUGGCCAUCGAGGAGUCGCUGCCGGAGCCCCGUUCGCCUGUGCUGGACAGCAAUGAGAAUGUGAGCGCUGUCGACGAUGGCGGCCACACCUUCUACUGUCACUCGCAUCAGCUGCCCAGCGAAUUGGGCGUUGGCGUUGGCGUGGUCGAGGGCGAGGAUAAUGCCGGCCAGCCGAUAAGCACACCCCAGUUGCUGGAGGAGUCGGAACCGCUGACGGAGGACCACCAGUCCAGUCGCGGUUCAGGUGUCAGCGCUGUCAGCGUUGACGAAGUUGCCAAGCCAGAGAAUGCCGCCCAGCAGCAGCAGCAGCACCACCACCACCACCACCACCAGGAGGAUGAGGAGGAAGCGGAGGCGGAGCCAAAGGAGAUGCUGAUCAACAUGCUCGAGGAGGUCAACAUCACACGGUACCUGAUACUCAAGAAGAAGGAGGAGGACGGGCCGGAGGUGAAGGGCGGCUACAUUGACGCCCUCAUCGUGCACGCCAGCCGUGUCCAGAAGGUCGCCGACAAUGCAUUCAGCGAGGCCUUCAUUACCACCUUCCGCACCUUCAUCCAGCCGAUCGACGUGAUCGAGAAGCUGACCCAUCGCUACACAUACUUCUUCUGUCAAGUGCAGGACAACAAGCAGAAGGCCGCCAAUGAGACCUCCCUGCUGGUCCGAGUCGUCAACGAUCUCACGUCGACGGAUCUCACUAGUCGACUGCUGAGCCUGCUGGUGGAGUUUGUCUAUCAGUUGGUCUGCUCUGGCCAACUCUACUUGGCCAAGUUGCUGCGCAACAAGUUCGUGGAGAAGGUGACGCUGUACAAGGAGCCCAAGGUGUACGGCUUCAUCGGGGAGCUGGAGUGCGGUGGUGGCGCCGGUGCGGGAAUCGCCGGAUGUGGUGGGAGCAGUGCAUCCGCUGGAGGCGGCGGUGGGGGCAACCAGCCCAGCCUGCUGGACCUCAAGUCGCUGGAGAUUGCGGAACAGAUGACGCUGCUAGAUGCGGAGCUGUUCCAGAAGAUCGAGAUACCCGAAGUAUUACUAUUUGCCAAAGAUCAGUGCGAGGAGAAGUCGCCCAACCUCAACAAGUUUACCGAGCACUUCAACAAGAUGUCCUACUGGGCGCGCUCCAAGAUCCUGCGUCUGCAGGAUGCCAAGGAGCGGGAGAAGCAUGUGAACAAGUUCAUCAAGAUCAUGAAGCAUCUGCGCAAGAUGAACAACUACAACUCGUAUCUGGCGCUGCUCUCGGCCCUCGAUUCGGGCCCCAUUAGAAGAUUGGAGUGGCAAAAGGGCAUCACCGAGGAGGUGCGUUCCUUCUGCACCCUCAUCGAUUCCAGCUCCAGUUUUCGCGCCUACCGCCAGGCCCUGGCCGAAACUAAUCCGCCCUGCAUACCCUACAUCGGCCUGGUUCUGCAGGAUCUGACGUUCGUGCAUGUCGGCAACCAGGACUACCUGUCCAAGGGCGUCAUUAACUUCUCCAAGCGCUGGCAGCAGUACAACAUAAUUGUCAACAUGAAACGUUUUAAGAAAUGCGCCUAUCCAUUUCGACGCAACGAGCGCAUCAUACGCUUCUUUGAAAACUUCAAGGACUUUAUGGGCGAGGAGGAGAUGUGGCAGAUAUCCGAGAAGAUCAAGCCGCGAGGCCGCCGCCCCGUCAACAAUUAGUCUUCAAGCAGCAACAGCAAAACACCAAUAUUAUAUAUUACAAGAAAUAUAUAUACAAUAUUAAUUAAAUAGUGCAAAUGGUUGGCACGUCUUGGAGAUGCAUCAACAGGAGCAGCCGAAAAAAAACUAUUCUAAUGGGUCUGAGCAUCAAUGUUCGCUAUUCUCUGUCUAUAUAUAUAUAUAUAUAUAUAUAUAUACAAUUAUACAAGAUAUCUAGAUAUAGUUACCAGCCGAGGCAGCCGGAACAGAAAUACAUAUACCUAAGAUAUAGCAAUUCAGAUACGGAUACACGUAGCCGCGUACAAAUAACGAGCCGAUCUGUAGUUUAACUAUUAAGCUCUAUGACGGUUGGGCCAUGUGGCCCAUCCUCAGCUAACUCCCCACCAAUAAUCGAGUCCCUAUUUACAAGUCACAAGUCUCCCCGAAUUUUCCCCGGAAUUUUUGCCAGCACUAGAACACCAAACUUACGAACCACCAGAUAGACAAACCAAUCAAGAAAUCAGCAAUUCUCGUUUUUGUUUUGAGAUCUCUUUUUACACAAGAACACAACGAAUUUUUGGAAUCAAGCUACGUGUGUGCGUAGAGGCCAACCGAAAAACUAUAUUCGAUGAUAUAUGUAGCGAUAUCUCGGACUACGAAUUGAUGCAAUCCACGAGCAGAAUACCAAGCCACCAAGCACAAAGCGUUAUAUGCAAUUCUCUCAAAACAACCAAUAUUAAACCAAUAUACCUACUACUCCUGUGUGUUAGAAGUUAUUGAAAAUAAGACUCAGAAUCGAAUUUCGAUUCCAGAGUGCAAAAUGCAGAGCGGUGUCGAUCAAAUCAAACAAUCAAAAAUUCAUUUCGCGACUCAAUUAAUCGAAGCAACUUUUAAAGUUACAAAAACAAAACAAAAAACAAAAAAAAAAACACAUGGAAGAUUACCUAAAAUCAAUUUGCUUUUAAAUGUGCGACUAACAUUAAAAAUAUUUAUGGGCAUGUAAUAAUAGUUCUAAUAAAAGCUUUUGACUUCUCCUUUCGAUUCUGCAAGGAAUAAAUUUAUUGAUAAUGUGUGUAAAAAUAAAUAUUAAACAAGAGAAGAACUUUAGAGCUGAGUUAUAAAUGAAAUGAUAUCGAAAUUAAAUCGACCUCAGUGGUUUUUACUAAGCAAAACUCUGUCUAAUCUGAAAAUACUGUAUUCUUAUUUAGAAAUGGGAUAAAGAAACAAAGGCUGCUUAUUUGAAGAAUAUAAUUCCCGAUCACCAUAACCAUUUUUAUUGAAAGUAAAUAAUAAUUUGUGUUGAGUGAAUUCGGUCUUCAUUUUGCUGCUGCUUCCGGCGCCGAUGGCGCAUAAAUUAUGUUUACUAAGCUAACGAACCUAAGGAUAACAAUUUACUCCUUUUUUUUCUCCUAUUUUUAAAUUAAUUAUACUGUAUGUAUGUAUGUAUGUAUGUUAAACUUAACUGAUUAGUUGAUAUGUCAUUA